GGAGACUCCGGUAGUGCCAGGCCGCUGGCCAUCGCCAUUUCCAAGCGCCUGCUUUUAAAAUGGUAGCCGGAAGGAAGUUUGCGAUUCUGGAAGAGCAAGGGGAUAGUAACGCAACUUCCGGCCGGGUUGCAAGAUGGCUGCACCCAGCGGCGGCUUCCAGCCUCGUGAGCGCCGCGAUGGGGACCAGGACCAGGACUGGGAGGUUGUGGCGCCCAAGCGGCCCCGACUUGGGGCGGGAAGCAGGAUGGGAGGCCGCAGGCUGAUAGUGGUGCUGGAAGGGGCCAGUCUGGAGACAGUCAAGGCGGGGAAGACCUAUGAACUGCUAAACUGUGACAAGCACAAGUCUAUGCUGUUGAAGAAUGGACGGGACCCGGGGGAAGUGAGACCAGACAUAGCUCACCAGAGUUUACUGAUGCUGAUGGACAGUCCUCUGAACCGAGCUGGCUUGCUGCAGGUUUAUAUCCAUACACAGAAGAAUGUGCUGAUUGAAGUGAACCCCCAGACUCGAAUUCCCAGAACCUUUGACCGCUUUUGUGGCCUCAUGGUUCAGCUUUUACACAAACUCAGUGUCCGAGCAGCUGAUGGCCCCCAGAAGCUCUUGAAGGUCAUUAAAAAUCCAGUGUCAGAUCACUUCCCAGUUGGAUGUAUGAAAAUUGGCACUUCUUUUUCCAUCCCAGUCGUCAGUGAUGUGCGAGAGUUGGUCCCUAGCAGCGACCCUAUUGUUUUUGUGGUGGGGGCCUUUGCCCAUGGCAAGCUCAAUGUGGAGUAUACAGAGAAGAUGGUGUCCAUCAGCAACUACCCCCUUUCUGCUGCUCUAACCUGCGCAAAACUUACCACAGCCUUUGAGGAAGUAUGGAGGGUCAUUUGACAGUAGGACGUUGCUCUGAAACAGACUGUUGACAUUGCAUCCUUGACUCUUCUAACUCCCUGUUGGAUGAUGACCUUCCUGAACCAAGAUUGGGGUUAGUGGAAGCCAAGGCUGAAUGUACAUUUGCUAUUUGUUUAUCUUAUAAACACUGUUCUUGCAAA